GUGAACAUCAACUGGAUCAUGGGGCCCGAGCUGUGCGACAUGUGGACCUCGAUCGACGUGCUCUGCUGCACCGCCUCCAUUCUCCAUUUGGUGGCGAUCGCCCUGGACAGGUACUGGGCGGUGACCAACGUGGACUACAUCCACAUGCGCAACAGUCAGCGCAUCGGGGUGAUGAUCGUGAUCAUCUGGGUGAUCGCUCUGGUGGUCUCCCUCGCCCCCCAGAUCCCCCAGUUCAAGGACCCGGAGUACCUCUACCGGAUCGAGGUGAAGAAACAGUGCCUGGUCAGCCAGGACGUCAAGUACCAGAUCUUCGCCACCAGCUCCACCUUCUACGUGCCGCUGCUGGUGAUCUUCGCGCUCUACUGGAAGAUCUUCCAGGCGGCCCGCAACCGCAUCCGCAGGCGACGCGAGCUGAAGCAGCAGAACGUCCAGACCAGCGAGAAAACGAACAACAACAGCCGAAUCGUCUACCUCAGGCUGACCAGCACGUUCCUGGGCAAGCGCCGGUUCCUGCGCGUGAAGAAGUCGGCGGAGAAGAACCCGUCGGCGGAGGCGCUGGUCAGCUCGCUGGUGAUGAUGGAGGGCCAGUCGACCACCACCAUGGAGAUGCUGGAGGAGCAUGAGGAGCCCACCAGCAGCAACGACCAGGAGGAGGAAACCACCGCGUUCACCAUAUCCAGGCCGCCCACUGGCGAGGGCACGCCCCACCAGGUGCUGAUCGUGUCCAGUAGUCUUUCGCCGGACAAGUCGUCGACCAAUAGCGGCCACAAGGCAGAAGUCCAGCAGAAAGAGCGCGCGUCCCGAGCGGCGCUUAGUGUGCCGCGGGACAAACACACGCAGUCCCGCCGGGACAAGAAAGAGAGCCUGGAGGCGAAACGGGAGCGGAAGGCGGCCAAAACGCUGGCAAUCAUAACCGGCGCUUUCGUGAUGUGCUGGCUGCCGUUCUUCAUUCUGGCGCUGCUGAUGCCGCUCUGUGGCGCCGCCUGCACCAUCAGCGAGUUCAUCAUGAGCUUUGCGCUGUGGCUCGGCUACUUCAACUCGACGCUGAAUCCGGUCAUCUACACGAUCUUCAAUCCGGAGUUUCGCCAGGCGUUCAAGCGCAUUCUGUGCGGCGCCCGUCGCCAACGAUCCCGCAAUUGCCGAUCGGGCAAAGUGCGGUAAAAACCGCUCGUUUCCUUCGAAGUUGGAGGGCGUGAGGAACCGGAAGACCUGCUUUACUUUGGCGUCACUCCGGCAUCACUCCGGCGUCACUCCGGCAUCACUCCGGCAUCACUCCGGCGUCACUCCGGCGACACUUCGGCGUCCCCCAGCCCUUCCCGAUUAAUUAGUGAACAUUUUAUGGCCCGCAAACUGAGGGCGGUCGCUACCAAGUCUUUCCACCGUAGAUGCAGAUUUAGGUACUUUUUACCCCCAUUCGGGGGCUAGUGUUAGUCGAACGAAAAUUGUACAAAAACCAAGGGGAUUAUUGUACAAUUGCCCGCUACCUCACCCCAUUAAAGGGGCACCUUCAGCGUAUACGCUAUAUGAUUGAGCCUGAUAUACCCGUAUACUCAGCCUGAAGGUGGCGCUGCCGCAAAAAUCAAAACGUUCCUCCAUUGUUGUCAAACGAAAAUAGUCCCCGCCCCCCUUUUGUACAUACAUCUAUAUCCUGCUAUAUAAACAUCAUCUCUUCUGCAUGUACAUACAUAUUUAAAGCGGUAAUAGGUGGCAACACUGUAAAGUUAAGGAACUCGGUUUUGUGAUAUAUAGAUAUGUUUUUGUUGAAAAUUUGAAUGUUUAUUCUGUAAAUUAUCGGGCUGGCGCCCCCCACUAUUUACCAGUGUAAAGUGUACUAAACAUUGUACUUAAGACUAUAUGGAUUCUGUGUGUUGUACAUAUAUAAAUAUAUAUACAAAUAUUUAAAAAAUCCUAAUAAACAUUGAGG